GGGAAAGCCAAGCGUUGUGGGCACCGAUUUUGUCGCCACAUGGAAUGGCGUCAGGGAGCUCUCGUAUGCUCUUCGGAAACGCACGUGGGCUUGCUGGCCCCGUUGCGGAAGCACAGGACUGAUGACCCAUGACACGGUCGACCUACGCCCGGGAGAUCGCGUGGUUGUCCAUGGGCUGCCGGCAUGCACAGAGUUCAACGACCGCAGGGGCAAGGUGGAGCGGCCGGUGAUGCGCCGCCAAGGGCAAGCUCGGGCCUUCCAAGUUCGGCUUUCCGGGGACCAACAGCUCGUGCAGGUUUUGGCUUCCAACUUGCGGCGCGACAGCUGCAAUCUGAGCGACGAGGACACGGGCACUGACUCAGAUGAGCGCGCGGAAGCUUCGAUGCGAGAGAUGCUGGCCAAAGACCUUUUCAAGGUGUUGGAUGCUUCGCGAGAGAGGGUGUUGAGGGAUGCUGAGCUCUACCACUUUGCCGUCGCCUGCGGCUUUGGGAAUAGCCGAGAAUCCUGGCGGGGCGAGUAUGAGGCCUUGUGCACAAUCUGCGGCGUCUCCGGCUUCCGCUUCCGGGACUUCCUCUCGCUCAUCUCCAACCAGGAGCUGCCCACACAUUGCGCCACUGCGGAGCUGCCGCAGAUCACGAAGCGGGCCAAGCAGAGCCUCGCCAAGGAAACAACAGAUCCAGAGGUGGAGCUGUAUCGGAAGCGGAGCACGCAGGAGCUGGAGCUGGCGCCUCGUGCCAAAGAGCCGAAGAUGCGGAUGUCACUAAAGGACACGCUGGAGCGCAAAGAUGCAAUACAGUACAUCUUCGCCUCGCUUGACUCCGACGGUGACAAGCGCCUGAAUUUGGCUGAGAUGCAGCGCUUCGCGAUGCUCUGCGGCUUCAUGGGCGAAUGGCAGGAUGAGUACGAGGUGAUGUGCGAGUACCAUGGCAUUGACCCCGAGCUGGGGCCCGCGCUGGAGGAUUUCGACCGCAUUGUGAGCGAUGGAACAAGCCAUGCCUACCGGAGUGACGAGGAGUUGCAGCAAAUCACGGUGGAGAUCCAGAGCAGGCGUGAUGAGAUUGCGCAGAACCUGGCGGCGAUCCGCAUCCAGGCUAACACCAGAGGCUUCAUUUCCCGGAGGACGUAUGUCCAGCCCACCACGAACGCUCCCGGGGCGCCGCCGAACGCGCGGAGGGACCGCGACCGGGGCGCGGAGGACGAGUCCGUGGGUUGGGAGUCGAUGGAUAGCGGGCUGGAGAUGCCGGAGGCGGCACCCGAGCCCCCUUGGGCGCCAGAGAGUGAAUCAGAUGGAGAUGGCUAAGCGGCAUUGAGUUCUCUUCCCAAGAGUGUGUGUGUGUGUGUGUGUGUGUGUGUGCUUCCUCGGCAAAGCCUGGAAGGCACCUUACAGCAGUGCCCGAGACAAAUGUU